AAUCACUCCACCAAAACAAAGAGGGCAAGAUGGAGGCACAGUGCGGAUAUUACUUCUGACAGUUUUAUUUUAAUUAAAGAGCCCUUAAGCCCUAGCACUCUUUAGAGACAAAGAUGGGUGUGGAUUACGAGGAGCCAUUUGAACCAACAGGCUGGUCCUGGAUCACAGUUUUCUCCUCCCUGAUGGUCCAGCUUAUCACCUGUGGUCUAUGCUACAGUGCUGGCAUCUAUCAGCUGACCUUUCUGGACGAGUUUGACCAAAGUCAUUUCAGGACUUCUUGGAUAGGCUCAUUGCUGCUGGGAUGCACUGCAUUUGGAGGAAUCAUAGGAGUUUAUGUCUCCAGAAACUUGAGUUGUCGUACAUCAGUGAUGGUUGGAGGAUUUGUUUCCGCGUUGGGAUUUGGAAUUUCUCGACUGAUCUGGGCUCACUGGUUAUUGUACCUGAGUAUUGGUGUGGUGGGAGGAUUGGGUCUAGGUAUGGCAUUCUCCCCUUCUAUAAUGGCAGUGGAGCAGCAUUUCCGCCACGCUGAGCGUAGUUUUGCGCUGGGUCUGGCAGUGUGGGGGAUUGGUAUGGGUAUCGCGGUGUUCCCUCCCUGUCUGCACCUCCUCAUAGAGCUCCUCCACUGGAAGGGGGCCAUCCUCAUCCUCUCAGGGAUAGCACUCAAUAUCAUGCUGUGUGGAGUGCUGAUGAGACCGCCCCCUGGUGGCAAGAAAAACUUUGUGCCUUUCCCGUUAUUUCAUGCUCCAUUGCUAGGUAACUUCAACUUCCUGAUCCUGAUGCUGAGCAACCUGCUGUGGAGCUGCAGUGCGUCUAUCAUCUACACCUACCUGCCGAUGUUUGCCUGGGAACACCUGUCAGAGCACCUGUCUGGACCCCCUGCCGAGGAGACCCAAUUAGAUGCAGCUCUGCUGGUCUCCAUCAUAGGAAUCUCCCUGUUUGUGUGCAGGACUUUGUUCCGCCUGCUGCAGAUCUCAGACAUAUUUGUCAACCUUCUUUGUAGUGUGGGGAUUUCUCUCAUCCUCACCUUCAUCUGGCCUCAGUUGUUUGAACACUACUCGAGCAUGAUUGCCUACUGUCUGUUGUUUGGCAUCUUUGCAGGAUUUUGGCCCACUUUUUCUGCUCACACAACUAAGGAACUGAUUGGACGAGAGUAUGCCUCCAUGGGGAAUGGCUGGUUGGCGCUGUCCAUUGGUUUGGGGUGUAUAGGUGGCGCUCCUUUGGCUGGUUGGCUGUAUGAUGAGACCAACAAUUUUGACUAUGUGUUUUACACAGCAGGUGGGUGUAUGCUGUGUUGCUCCUGCAUUAUGAUUGGAGCCAAGCUGAUUGGCUGUCAGAUCACAGCGCCCCCUUAUGGUUAUGUUGGCGUUGAUCGCAGGAUGGUUUCGGGGUCAACAUCACAGUCAACUUCAUAUUCUUCUGUCAGCAGAGAUCGUUCAGAGAAGGAGGAAAAGGACCCCAGGGUUUGUGUGGAGCUGAUGCUGACCAGUGUAUAAGGUGUUGUCAUAAAGUAUAGAGCUCUGGUGUGUGCAACUGAGAUCUUGAACAGAGCUGAAACAAGACAUUUGGAGCAGCUGUCAACAUUACAGCUGACAUUGGAGCAGUUUUCAUCAUUGCAGCUGAUGUUGGAGCAGUUUUCAUCAUUACAGCUGAUAUUGGAGCAGUUUUCAACUUUAUAGUUGACAUUGGAGCAGUUUUUGUCUUUGCAGCUAACAUUGGAGCAGUUUUCAACAUUACAGUUGACAUAGGAGUUGCUUUCAUCAGAUAAAACUGAAGCAACUAGAAAUCCACAAUUUUAAAUGUAAGCCAGCUAAUUUAUUGUACUGUUUUCAGAGAAUUCUUGUUGAUCAUCAUGUUAAGGUGUGUUUUAAGAACAGCCCUGGGUAAUUGGAGCUGUAUGUCACUACCCAGGCUCAGGGAAGUGGUGCCCUCUACCAAGAUUAGAGGUAUCCACCUGUUGAGGAAAAUCACUAUUUAACAAGGCACCACAUUGUUAUUAGAUGAGAGGUGGUGGUAUUUUUAUUUUUUAACUUUGUAUAAUUAUCUGUUGGGUGCUAGAGUUUUGUGUGAUUCCUGUCUUAACCUUGGUUGGCGUGUCACAUCUGACUCCUAAAUUAUGUGCUAUAGAUAAGCUGCAAUGUCACAACCAACACAAAAUGUUAGCCGUCACAACUAACACAAUUUAGAAUGGUGAUUCAAUAUUAAACAGAAGAGCAGUAUGUUGAAAUUAGAUCAGAAUUACGGCAGACAGGUUAUGGGCUCAUAAAUUGUGAUAAACUUCACAUGUGCAUUUAUAUCUUAUUCAUCACUGUCAUUAUUUUUUAAAAAGUUGGAUUUUAUUGAAAUUUUGUUUGAAUUUUAUGGAAAGUAUACAUUGAGAGGUUAUUUACUGAAGUGUUAAUACAUUGAGGGAUAAAAAUGUAUGUGGAAGUAUGGCAAAUAAGGCACUUCAUGUUAUAGCAGAUAGGAUUAAAUAACAGUGGCAAGAACUUUGUUGUUCAUGACAUCCAUAUGCAGCAAAGAGAAAUAUCACAUGAUUGUAAUAAUAUUAUUAUCUUUGCCUGAAUAUGUUUCUUUUAUGGAAAGUGGAGUAAAGUGCCACUUUUGAAUAUUUUACAGUGCACAUCCAUGUUCUUGCUAUGAAUAUUUCAGACUGUUUUGUGUCUUCAUGGAGAGCAGCUCAUGUACACUACAAACUGUGCACUGUAUACUAUACACUAUGCAUAUUUACCAGAAUAGGGGAUCUGGGUUUUGUUGCUGUUGUGAAACCCAUUGUUUAAGUGUUCACAUUGCAGUGUUAUAUCCAGUAGUCAAUCCAGGCACAGUUCUAACUAUAAUGAAGUAAAAGCCUCUUACUUUUCUACAGUGCAAUCAAGAAAAAUGCAGGUCUUGCUGUCAUGCCAAAGUAUAUCAGCCAUCACUCCGCAGCCAUUGUUUGAGCUAUACUGUGGUGCAGAUCUCCUUGCCAAUCUGAAGCAUCAAUAUUGUAGUCAAAGCAGCACAGUACUGCAGAAGAACUCAUUCAUGUUAUAUAAAUAAUGUUAAUAGAUAGUAAUCAGGUUGGUUGAUGGCCAAGUUGAUGUUGUUUUUUCCCCAUGAUCAUAGCAUAUAUCUUAUGUUAGUAUGUAUGCACAUUAACAGACAUAGAAGCUGUUAUUUUGUCAGAGGUGCUUACAAGUUCUUGGAGGCCAAAACAUGGAUUGUGGGGAAAAAUAACAGAAUGGACACCUCUCAUGCUGCACUAGUUAGAAGAUGCAUAUUUUGUGGAUAUAAUACAUAUUUCAUUUCUUGUCUUUUUGUUCUUCAUUUUAGAUUUUUAGCAAUAUUAAUCUUUUUCAUUAAUUCUACUAUAUACAUAUUAUACACCAUACCUUGUAACGGAUUUCAGGAGCAGUUGAAUUGUGUAUUCGGCAGAUAGCAAUGUCAAUGCACUGAUUGUUAAGUUUAGAAAGAUAUGGUAUGCUCUGUUGUAAAUAUUCACGUAGUAUCGUUAUAUAAUGUUUUAAUCUAGCAAUUGGCAUUGCAAGUUUGUUAUGGUAUUUGUACACUUCAUUCCAAAGUUAUCCUCAAUGCACCCAACGUUGUGACACCUGUCACACCUAACACAAUCACAGCUCUAGGCAUUCUCAACAACAUUGCACACAUCACACCCAACACACUUCACUUUUGAGGUUAUUCAGUAAACUUAUUGCUCUGACCUGAGCAGUUCACAACAUGCCUUGUUGAAUGUCACAGGACAAUAUUUUCUCAUGGAAUGAACUGAAGUAAUAACCUACAUGUCACUGUUUAUACAAUAUUUGGAAUCCAUCUUUGUAACUAAAGGCAGUGUUCAGUUGAAGAGUAAUAAACAUUAUAACAGUCUUACA